GAAGAAGAAACUCUGGCGACUUUACUUCCUGUUUGUGUGAAGUCAGACGUUAAUCGCUGUCGACAGGCUGCGAAUCGUCAGUGGUCUGUAAAUAAAAUCAUUUUAGCUCGAUUUUGACCGACAUGUUUAAAGGUUUGGGGUCGUGGUUAGGUUUGGAGAAGCCGACGGAAACGUCAGGCGAGGCGGUGGAGAGCGGACAGCAGGAUGAAGAAGAGAAGGUGGUGGAAGCUCAGAACGAGGUAAACAAACAGCAGACAGCCGAACAGGACCCAGGAAAGGCCGACAUGGAAAACCCCGAGCAGAACAAAGGGUUGGGCGACUUCAUCUACAGUUUUGCCUCCAGUGCUACCAAGAAGAUUUCUGACUCAGUGGUAGGAACAGCUCAGACCAUCAAGAAGACGGUGGAAGAAGGAAAGAUUGACGGCAUCAUUGACAAUACCUUUCUAGGAGACUUCCAGAAGGAGCAGGAGAGGUUUGUCCAAGAGAAGAAAGCAAAAAAAUCUGAUGCAGCCGUUCCUCCGUGGGUCGGCUACAAUGAGGAGGAGGCCAUCCAGCAGCAGAUCCUUGCUCUGUCAGCUGACAAGAGGAACUUCUUGCGCGACCCUCCUGCUGGAGUGCACUUCCACUUUGACAUGGAGCAGAUGUAUCCUCUGGCUGCAGUGAUGCUGGAGGAGGACCAACUCCUCAACCGCAUGCGCUUCGACCUCGUGCCCAAACUUGUGAAGGAGGAGGCGUUCUGGAGGAACUAUUUUUACCGAGUGUCACUGAUCAAGCAGUCGGCUCAGCUCACGGCACUGGCUGCUCAGCAGCAGAAGGAGGGUGAGGAGCGGGGGUCCGGUGUCUCACCUCAGGACAUCGUGUUGACAGACAGUGUCAGACCAAAGACUCCUCCUGUUUCCAUCAGCAACAUAAAGAAGGAGGAGCUGGACGAGAUCUCCACCAGUCCUGGAGUGUCAGAGUUUGUGAGUGACGCUUUCGAUUCAGCGGCCAUCGACCAAGAUGACCUGAGGAAAGAGAUGGAGCAGCUGGUACUGACCAAGGACAGCAGUCCAUCCCCUGAUGAUGAGUCUGCAGACUGGGAGAAGGAGCUGCAGCAGGAGCUCCAGGAGUACGAGAUGGUGACCGACCCCGGCAGCAGAGACGAGCAGUGGGACCAGGAGAUCGAGAAGAUGCUCCAGGCAGACGAAAGCUAGUGCGUCCGCUCCGGUGCGGGCAGCGCCACCUGGCAGUGUGAAAGUAUCUUAAGUAGUGACAGUGACGCACACGGGGUGUCGAACGUCCUAACCCUCCGCCCCGACCAGCUGUGGCUACGAUCUCGUAAACGUUCUCCUGAUUCUGAUGAAGGUGUUGGUCCAGUUAGAGCCACAGGGCUUUGAUCUCUGCUGGAAGCAGUGGAAAUAUUUGGGUAUUUUGUUGAAGUACUGCCUUUAUUACUAUCCUCUUUUACUUUCAUCUGCUCGGUUUCUCCUGUCCUCUCCCCUCGGAACGGGAAGUGAUGCUAGAGGCUGACCCAGGACCAGUGCCACGAGUCUUCUACUGGAGAGAGACAAACCAGACCUGUAUCUGUGUGUGUCUGUCUCCUCUGAUACUGUGUGCUAGACUGUAGCCUCAGUAUACGUAUGUAGUACCCUUCAAUCAAAUGUACAUUUACAUGACUGUAAAUAAACUCUGAUUUAUCUAUCUACCACGAGGUGGCAUUAUUCCCUGUCUUUACAUUAGCUCUUUGUUUAUUAGCAUUGUCUCAAAGUGACCUGUCUUCCUUGUCUUCUCUUCUCUGUGUUCACUUUAGUUGAAGUAAUGUUUAUUGUCACUGGUCCUUCAACAAAAUAAAUAUAUAUCAUGGUUUAUAUCAUG